AUGACGCCAGCACCAAGUACGCUAGGUACGGCUGAAGGCUUCUCACAGCUUCUAGCUGAUGAUCCGAUGAAAUCGACUGGAUUAGCAGCUAUCGAAACACUACUGACGGCACUUGAAAACAGCAACGCUACGACUGUCAAUGAGUUGAACAAAGAAUUGACGGAAAUCGUAAGCGGGAUGGCGAAAACUGACCACAGUUCAACAUCCAUAAGAAGCGCCAGUGAUCUUUUCCGAAGGUUCAUCACCCUUGCACCCGCUGAACUACUAGAUCAGCGAGAUUUUUCAAAAGUAUUGGCCUUCUAUCGACAACGAGGAAAGAUUUUCAUCAAUAGGGUGGCCAAGUCCAGAGGAAUGAUUGCAAGACACGCCAGACCUUUUUUCAAGAAUAACAUGAAUGUUUUAACGCACUCGUAUAGCAAAGUUGUCCUAGAAACGCUAAUAACGGUACAUAGGGCAGGGACAGUUUUCCACGUUUGGGUUACGGAAUCCCAACCUGAUGGAGUUGGACAGCAAAUGCAGGAAGCUUUGAGGAAAGAAGGCAUCGAUGCAACUCUAAUCCUGGAUAGUGCUGUGGGAUAUUUAAUGGAAAGGAUCGAUAUGGUUGCAGUUGGGGCGGAAGGAGUCAUGGAAACAGGUGGCAUUAUUAACAAGAUUGGAACUCUUAACAUUGCAAUCAUAGCCAAAACAAUGAAUAAACCGUUCUUUGUAAUGGCAGAAAGCAUCAAGUUUGUUAAAGAAUAUCCAUUGAAUCAAGCAGACAUCCCGGAAGAGUUCAAGUAUCGCACUUCUACGUUGGAAACUAAAGACCUCAGCAUAGAGCAUCCGAUGGUUGAUUACACAUCUCCUCAGUACAUCAACCUAUUGUUUACGGAUCUUGGCAUUUUAACACCUGCAGCAGUUGGAGAGGAAUUGAUCAAGUUGUACACAUGA